GGCGGACCUCCGUGAAGACAGUCGCAGUUAGGCAGUGGAACCCAUCUCGCCUGGAAAUUAUGAAGGGAACCAGCUGCAGUCGAUCCUAGAUAAAGAAAAGUUUAAAUUGAGAGAUUUCUCUGCGUGUGUGUUGGGAUCGAUUUGGCUUCCUUGUGUUUUGAGCUCGCGCGUCCUCCCGAGUAGUUGCACUGUAACUUGCGCUCUCACACGAGAAACCGGAUUUUCCGACGUAGUGAUCGUUGAAUCGCUUCGUCACAUGUAUCCGAACAUUUAAGAACAUCUCGUCGGCCCCUCUCUCUCUUUCUCCCUCUCCCCCUCUCUCUCUCUCUCGCUUUCUCUCUCUGCCCUUUUAUCUUCUUCUUCUUCUUCUUCUUCUUCUCUCUGCCCUCUUUCUGCCGUGAUGAUGGAUUACCAAUAAUAGCCGGAUGGGGACACGUGAAGAACAAUUGAGAUCUGCAUCCUCUGUGGAGAAACCCGUUUAAAACAGGUGUCAGAUCCGGGCAACAGUUCCAGCUGCCCCGAUCCUCCUCGUGCCACAAUAACAGGCUGAGAAGAGAAGCAGUGCGCAGGCUCCCCCACCGCUGUUCUCCGGCACCGAACCCUCAGAGCAGCGCACAGCGGACACACUGCAGGCGGGGUCGACGUGUAAACUCCCCCCCCCCCAAAAAAAAUCUGGGAAUCAAACAGAACAUUUAGAGAGGACAGAGGGAGACUUUUCAAACAGUCGGUUGGAGAACGGCUGCCUUUUGUGUUUGUGGUUUUUCUUCCCCCUGAACUCUCCUCAGAAGGUCAGAGGAGCAUGUAACUGAAACAAGUGGAGCCCUCGGUGAUUUCAGCAUUCUGUCUCCCCCAUCUGUGCCUACUUUCUGCGCUACAGAUAGGGACAUUUUUGAUAAUUACAUAUAAUUAUAAUUUCUGUGGGAGACGGAUCUGCCUCUGUCUAUUAUUGCCAACACCUCCAACACAAUAACUUCACACAUUUACAUAUUUCUCAACAAAAGUGAUAUUCUUUGAACAAAUCAGGAAUGAUUUUACUUUGAGAGACAUGUCACAUGGAGAUGCAAUGUCUCAUUCAGUUCACAUGUAAUUAGUGAUUCUGUUGAAUGACGGGUAACUUUUUGUGGCUAAAAGCUGAAUAGAGAGCAUUUAAAAUCCCGAACGUUUGCCUCAUUUUGCAGCGCCGGGAGUCAGUUCCUUGGUUUAUGCUUACUCUUGAUUUUCAUCUGUUUCAGUCUUCUGGCACUCAAGCUGAGCUUCCCUCAUUAUCACACCCUCCUCGAUCGCAGUUGCGGUCGGUACCAGACGACGGCGGGUGCACACACAUCCAACACUGGAAGAGAUUGAGAUAAAGUACACGGUGUAUCGACAGAUGUGGCGUUGAGAUACGUCCCUGCUCUAGAGAAGCUCGGGUCUGUCCACCCCAUUGGAUUAUUUACAAUGCUGAUAUACUCAAUUUAUAGGAAGAGCAUUAUAGAUUUCGUAAGCUUACAGCUUAAAUAAGUGCCAAUUCUGAAUGUAUGUACUUCCAGAAUAAGAUAGUCAUCCAGGAAUGAACAAAGCAGAUACAACUGUUUACAUAUGAUAAAACACGAGCCAUAGACUAUUGUUCAAGUGCCGUGAUCAGCACAGGAAUGUAGACUGACAUAUUUUAUUGAAAAUCCUUUGCUUCUAAUUAUAACUGGCCUUUCUAAAAUGUAUUUCAUCCAGCGGUACGUCAGGCUAUUUGUCCUUUUAUUCUGUGUCUGAGUGUAGGACAAGGCAUUAGGCACUAAAAGGAUGAAGAUGGGGUUUUUUUUCAAUUUGUCCUUUUUACAAAGUUGCAUCAAUUUUAGUGUUCUUGAGAGGGCAACAGAUGAAGUCAUCACACAUUCAGAGUUCCUUUCUAGCAGUAAGCUAAAACCAUUUUAAUACCAUUACCGACAAUUAUUGAAACCUAACUACUGUUUUUGAUAGUGUUAGACCUUUUGAUUUGGAAUGUUCCUGACCUUUUCUAAUAUUACACGAUAAAAUUCCUCCAAAAAAAGAGAGGCUUUAAAUUUGAUUGUUCAACAUUACUGAAUGAAACUACUGAUACAUCAUCAAUAUCCAUUGGGUUCUACAUGCUCCUUGAAUAUUUCACAUGCCAUUCUAGUGGGUUAAACUGCAACAGCGGAUACAGCGGUGUAACUGCAUUGACUCAACACCAGAAAAUAGAUCUCUUAGUCAUGUAAAAAUGACGCCCACCACCAAUCUCCUAGUCCUCGCUGUCUCCCUGCUCUCCCUCCUUACUGCCCCACUCACCACUGUUGCGGAGACCUCUCCGUCUCCCCCUCCUCGGCAAAAAGACCGCUCACAGAGGCCUUUCACCAGGGAGCCCAGAGCUGGAUCCAGCCCUCCCUCCCUGCUCCUCGCCAUGCAGGCCAAUAUCAGGCCAGCCGCUCUCCAAGGGAGGACCAAAAGCCCUGAGAAACUUCCGGAAACCUCGGAGGGGGUUCUGGAGGCGCCUCCGAGAGCCCUUCCCCAGGUCAUGUUCCCCAAGAAUGUGACUUCAUCGGAGGCCCUUGCCCCUCCCUUGGGUGCCGCCCAGGUGGCGCCCAUUCGACCCCGUAUGAUGGACGUAUGGUUCGAUUUUUGUCGGGGUUAUUAUGACGUCAUGGGACACUUUGACAGCGCUUUCAACUGCUCCAAGGACAACUUCAUUUUUUGCUGUGGAACCUGCCACUACCGCUUCUGCUGCCCAGACCGUAGCCGGCAGCUGGAGCAGGAGAACUGUAAUAACUAUGACUCUCCGGACUGGGCCAAGCCGCAGACCGACACCAUGCUGUUACCAGACGACUCGGGUAACGAUCCGGACUUUGAUCCUCUGAAGCAGCAGAGCCACAACACGGGCUUCGUCAUCGGAGGCGUGAUUGUGUUCAUGGUGGCUGUCGCCGUGGGGAUCAAGGUGGUCUUUAACAAGGUGCAACAGGAAGCCCACCAGAGGGACCUAAACAUGCCCAGAGCCCUGGUUGACAUGUUGCGGCAUCAGUCCAGCCCCGUCCAGCAGGAUGAGAGAAACAACAGUGUGGCUUUGGCAGUAGGGGACCCACAGGGCACCCUGAAGAGACCUCCAAAAAAUCUUUACGCCCCAGGACUGCCGAGCAAGGACAACAGAUUGGGCAAUUUGCAACACAAUUUCAUUCACCCAUCAGGCACCAGCCCCAAACACACCGCCACUAUCGAACGCACCCCUCGAAUGAACAAUGCUCAGCUGGCAGCAGGAGGCACCCUGCUUUCCAGUAAACACAACAACACCAAAUCCCAGCCGGCCUUCCACCACUCCCUGCACAACCUGGCUCAGCUGCCUCCCUCCUACGAGAGUGCCACCAAGCCUGAGCUCAACAGAUACUCCUCGCUCAAACGCCUCGAGAAAGGUCUCGAUGAGUACUCGUCUGGUUACUGCACCACUAAGAGACGGCCUCACACAGCCCAGCCGGCCCUGCAGUCCUCUCAGCACCAUCUCCACUGGGGUGGAGACUACACCCUCAAUGGUAGAGGAACCCUCCCAAGGCACGCAAUUCGUCCCUGGAUCCCGCCGCAGCCUUCUGGCAUGCCAGCCUCGCCAACCCCCAACCCUUACCCUCUGGAUCCCCCAGAGCCUCAGUACAACCCUAAUUACGAAACUCUCUCCAAGCCCCAGAGGAAAGUUAAAUCCAAUGACCAGCUGCUCAACAUGGGAGACGUCCCUGGCAACACAGGGACACUGUCCAGGAUGUCCAAGAACCAGCAACACCAGUAUUACAAAGCCAUGGCAGCCUCCAGCAAGAACUCCAACACGCAAACCCUCACUAGGAAGACCCAGGACAGGCAGGAGAGACAGGAGAGGCAGGACCGGCAGGAUAGGCAGGACCGGCAGGACAGACAAGACAGGCAGGAAAGGCAAGAUAGACAGGACAGGCAGGACAGGCAGGACAGGCAGGAACGGCUACUCAUGUCCCCGGACCACUUGGAAGACAGGAUGGGGGUCGGUGGGAUGGGAGUUGGCGGGAUAGGGGUCGGUGGGAUGGGGGUCGGGGGGAUGGGGGUCGCGGAUCCAUACGCCCACACAGGGGGAAAUGUCCCCACGCUGCCUCGCCAGCAGAAGGCCCAGUCACAGCAAAAUGUCUGCGCCACACCCUCCCUCGACCGACACCACAUGAUCAAGAUGAACUCUCACCCCACGUCGGGACGAGAGCAGGAGAGGAGCACGGCCAUGACGGGGCACAUGAGCGGGGGCAUGGGCUGGGCGGGCGAGCAGCAGCAGCAGCAGCAGCAGCAGCAGCAGCAGCAGCAGCAGCAGCAGCAGCAACAGCAGCCCGGCCAGGGGGUAGUCAUGGGAACGGGAACACUAGGGGGCCACAGUGCUAGGAGGAUGGCUUUUGCAGCGAAACGGCAGAACACCAUUGAGCAGCUACAUUUCAUACCGGGGGGAGGAGGUGGUGGGGGGUCGGCAGGAAGUGCAGGAGGGAGUCAGGGCAUCAGGACGGGGAGUAAAAAUGAAGUGACGGUGUAAGGUUUGUGCCUAAUGUAGAGUUUACCCCUCAUCAAGGAUAUGGGAACAGAUCACCCUUCUACACCUAACAAUUAGAUCAUCAGCUACAAUAAAUACAACUAGAAGUAUAGAGUACAGUAAUACUAUAACAUGUUAAGAGUAUUCAAAUUAGUGUUAUCUAACAAUUAAAUAAUCUCAAUAUUAUUAGUUAAUUAGAAAUCUAGAUGGGGAAUAUCCAUUCCAAUUAGAUUAUAGCCUACAUCAGCCAUAUUUUGUAAAAGAAAUUGCCAUAUUGCCAUAAACAGCGGUGCCAUUAUUGUAGAUAGAGUGACUCGAAGGGUGAAACAAAACCAACAUAAGUGUUGUUCAUAAUUUAGUUUUUAUAAUUGUUUUUCAAACGUACUCAGGAGCCAUAUUAGAUAGGAAAGAUAUAUACUUGUAUAUAUAUGUAUGUAUAUAUACACACAUAUAAAUAUAUAUUUGUGUAUGUAUAUAAAUAUAUGUCUGUAUAUACAUAUAUGUAUGUGUAUAUAUAUACACAUACAUACAUAUAUAUAUAUAUACACACAUGUAUAUAUGUAUAUAUACAUAUUUAUGAUGAAGAGGAGAAACAUCUGGAAUAUUGUCACAGCUGGACCUGCUGGACUGUCGACCUGCUUUGCUCUUGCCAACAAUGAUUUAUCAAAUUGAACCUCACAGGGGAGAAGACUGGUGGACCAGAUGAGUGUGAAUAAACCGUGUGCCUGAUGAGGGAUUUUGGACCUCAUCCUGACGCGGAGAGAAAGGACUGAUAUUUGUUGCUUCCCAUGUAAACGAGUGGACGAGGUGGGGGCUUUUUCUUAGUGGGACACUGCAGCCCGACGCUGUAAGCAGGAGCUGAGACCGGACGUAACCACAUUCCCGAUCUGACGCCUGGGUUGCCUAGUUCUCCAUGUGACCUUAGAUCCGAACCCCCAGGGGGACUCACAAACUGACCACUGUUCCACAACAGGAGUCUGAACCGAUGUUAGAGUAUGUUAUGGGAAAGAUUCCCCUAAUGUUCCCAUCUCAAGAUCAGGACCAAACCGUAAAAAACGAUGGGCUACCAAAUAAUUUAGAGCCAUCAUGUCAUUGUUAGUACAAAAAUAUCUUGACACAAACAUAGAAGCGCCGAGAGACGCAUGUGUUCAGUUUACCAAUAAAAAGGAAACUUGCUUCGCUGCAGGUUGUGAACGAAGAGCAGAGGUUUUUCUACAGAGCACAAAUGAAUAGACCGUGAUGCAGAGGUUGCACUUACACCACUGUACUUCAAAGCCAUUUAUGGAAGAAACAAAGAAAAACACCACAGAGGAAGCUCGUCUGACAAUCACCAUUUUAUUAUUCUCGCCAGGUGACAAAUUAUACAAGUCAGAGAUAUUUUGUACAGUCAAAGGAUUGGCUUCAGAGCAAGCCAAAAAACCUGAGUCAGGAGAGAGAGGGCAACUUGAAGCUUUCUCCUGCCUGGCUCAGUACGGCGUAAGAGACUUGGAUGGUAAGGAAGCCCUCCCCAACCUCAAGAGGAAGAACUUGCUGUAUCAUAACGCACUUAAGGGAGACGUAACAGCACUUCAGCCAGUUAUAGAAACAAAACGACAAAAAAACAGAAAAGAAAAAACCUUCAUCAAUAACAACGCUUAUCAAUACUAAGGGCUAUCCUAUCCUAUAUACUGUAGUAUGUGAUAUCUGUGGUCCAUAUACAAUGGUAUCUCUUUCUCUUGAUUUUGUGUUGAUAUUGUCAUGAUGUAUUAAGUAUUAAUGUGUACAAAAAACAAGAGCAAUUUAAGCACAGUUCAAAGAGAAACAUAGAGACAAAAACUUUGCACAAAUCCAUCCCCUGAUAUUUGCACCAGAUACAGACAUCUGUAUCGUGUCCUCAAGGUUUACAUUCUGUACAAGUACGGCCGACAUUGUGACUGAUCAAUUGGGAGGAUUGUAUUGAGAGGAUUUUUUAAACGUGAAAUCGGAGAUAAUUACGCGAAUCAAGGGGGGAACUCGUUACUGCUUGGCUUCUUUUCAGUCAUGUGAAAGGGUACAGAGGUGAAAUACUGACAAACAGAAACACAGAUUUCCUUUGGACAAUCUUCCUAUACACAGUGCUCAAUGUAGUUGUUAUGAAUAUGAUGGAGUGUUAUUAUUAAUGAUUAUUAUAACUGUUACGGUUAUUAUUAACAAUUAUCUUAUUGUGUGAUGUUCUUUUACUUGGUGGGAUUUAAGUGUUUAUUGUUUUUAGAGUGACUAGCAUUCUCACGACUAGUUGGUUUUUUCAUACAUCUGAUCGUAAGUUCAAGUUUUUAAAGACAUUCUAAAUCUUGAUGCAUGCCCGCUCCAUUUCACUGACAGGCAGUCACGGUAUGCCUGGAUCUGAAGGUCAUCAAAUGCUUGUAUGCCCAAUUUUCCAGCUGGAUGUACUGUGCCUAGACAUUGGCCUUAUGACUUGUUGAUCUCAAGUGAUUACUUAGGUUUCCACUCGGGUACAAAAGUAUCUAUUGAAAAAAUCUGCAGCCUUCUAAAAUGUAUGUGUAGACGGCGGUGUUUUACAGACCGGUGAGGGAUAGGUGUGUGUGUGUGUGUGUGGCAGGCCAGGGAGUGGUGGAGCAGCAGCUCGACCCGCCAACAUAUGGGUCGUACACACUAUCCCGUGAUGCCACAAUAUAUGUGUUUUUCGAAGAAUGUACAUCGGGUGGAGAAAAAUGGAGGUCUAAUGGAAACCUGAAUGCUCUGAGUGUCUUUUUCAGGGAAACAGGACAGGUGAAAUACAGCAGUAUAAGAUUUUUUUAAUAGAGCCACAAAAGGUCUGUAGCAAAGUCUGUAAUAUAUCACAAGCCAUAUCCAUCAAAACUCAUUAUCACAAUUUUAUAAAUGGUUAAUCUAAUUUGUGAAAGUAUUGUAUUUUGUAUAGCUAGUACAAUCAGAAUAUUUUGAGUGAUCUCUUCAACAUUAAUUUGAGGAUUCAACAAAUUAUGUGUUCGUAUUUAAUGAAUUGUACAGUGCCAGACUCAUAACAUUUUGUUGUCUUUCUAAUAUCAUAGCCUCCUACAAGACUACACAGGAUAUUUAUUUUUCACAACCGACAACUAGCAGACGGACAAAUCAGCUAAAGAGCUUAGAAAGAAAUGAAUGAGUAUGGUGUGUGUUUUUACCAUUCUGCAUUCAUUUAGAGAGAGGAUGGUUAAUGGCCACCUGAAGUGUAAAGCAUUAUUAAGAGUUAAUUGUAUGGACUGGGAUAGUGUCCAUUAAUAUAAUUCAUGGAUUUAUUUUCAUGCCUAUAGAUUUCAAAACAACCCUUUUGUUGUUCAAUGCAUUGACCCCCUUGGAUACGACAGUAACAAACAAAGAAUUUGUAUAAUAAAGUUGGUGGGAAAAAAAGUUUUGCCAUUCAUUAUAGAGUGUAGGUUUCUUGCAUUAAUGUUCUUGAAUUAUUAUUAUUAAUUAUUAUGAAUGUUAUAAUAAUAAAUAAUAACCAAGACACUG